GUGCUGAGCCUGUUGGCAUGGGGUACUUGUCGAGUGUUUACGAAGAGUGUUUCUCUUCGUUUUUAUUAAUACAGAUUGAAAUAGAACCCUUAUAUGCAUAUUUAGUUCUAUAAGUGCCGCAUUUAUUAGCGGAUAUACAUAGACUAAGAAACAAGUUAAUUAAAUAAAAUAUGGAUGUGGUGGACAAGCUCGUGGUUUCCGGUUCGUUUCGAGUUAUAAAAGAGCCACUUGGAUUGUUGCGUAUUCUCGAGUGGCUUUUUGCAAUAUUUGCAUUUGCAACAUGUGGUGGUUACUCUGGGGAACUCGAAGUCAGUGUGGAUUGUGCAAACAAGACAGAAAGUGACCUCAGCAUUGAAAUUGAAUUUACCUAUCCAUUCAGGUUACAUCAAGUAUAUUUUGAUGCUCCGACCUGCGAAGGUAAAAGACAUGAAAGACUGUUCCUGAUAGGAGAUUUUUCAUCUUCUGCAGAGUUCUUUGUCACCAUCGCAGUUUUUGCCUUCUUAUACUCACUGGCUGCUACAGUUGUUUACAUUUUUUUCCAGAAUAAAUACCGGGAAAACAAUAGAGGUCCACUGAUUGAUUUCAUUGUGACAGUGGUUUUCUCCUUCCUGUGGCUUGUCAGUUCAUCUGCUUGGGCAAAAGGUUUGUCUGAUGUGAAAGUAGCAACAGAUCCCAAUGAAAUCCUCCUUCUGAUGUCUGCGUGUAAACAGCAAUCCAACAAGUGCUUAUCCAUCCAUAGCCCUGUCAUGUCUGGACUAAACACUUCUGUGGUGUUUGGAUUUUUAAAUUUUAUUCUCUGGGCAGGAAAUAUCUGGUUUGUUUUCAAAGAGACUGGCUGGAAUACGGCAGGACAACGAUACCCUCAGAGCAGCAAUGAAAAGCAGCAAAGUGGCUUUAACAAGGCAUAUGUCCAAGGUGGAUAUGACCAAGAAAGUUCUGUGCAAACAGGUGCUUAUAAUCAACAAGCUAUGUAUGGACAGCAACCCAAUUAUGGCCCAGCAGGUUCAUAUGGCCAGCAGGCUUACAGCCAAGGAGGAUAUAACCCAAGUGGCCCAACUUCUUUUACUAAUCAAAUGUAAUUCAUAUACUCCCCUCAUUUUGGCAUGUUUGUGAUUAUGUACCUAGUUUCAGCAGCAAAAUAUUGCUUUCCUUGGGAAACAGUGUAUUAUAUAUCAUGUUCAUGUUAGCCAGCAACUGAAUAUGAAAGUGUUACCUCUCUUCAAAAUGCAGUAGUAAUAAGUUUGUGAAUUAAAUGUAAUGGAAUAAUGAUGACAAAAACUAAGUAUUACUGUAUGAAUUGUGUGAAUGAAAUAGUUAUGUCUACCAGUUUGCAUCCUACAAUCAGUGUUAUGUACCAUGCAUAGUAAUAUACUGACUAGCACUUUGUGAAACAAGUGUAAUCCUUUGUAUGAGUUUUAUUAUGCAUACCAUAUGUUAUGAGUUGUAUAUGUCCUCUGUUGUGUAUGACUUUAUGUUUCUGAACACUGCCCUCCUUUCAUAAGUUUUAGCAGUACAAGGUACAGGCAGCAACGCAGUGUUCAGUUUGGCAAAUAAAACUAGUUGUACAUUAACAUUUAUUAGCUGUUUUAAUGGAAUUACCAUGUUUUUAGCUAUUUAUUAAAAAGUUGUUCAGUCACAGUGCUGUAUACUGAGAAUAUUGUGUAAUAAAUACUGCAGUACUAAUGAUAUUUUAUCAUUUACAUAAAUUACAAUAACUAAUUAAGUACCAAAUGGCUGUUUUACUUUUUUGUACAAGUAAUGCAAAAUUAAUUCGCAUAAAACAUGUUUAUGUCCAGACAUCUGCUUUAAAAUUUAUUGGUAUAGUUAUUAAAUACUAAACACUUUCUAAAUAUUAAUUUCCAGUAACACCUUUUGCUGUGAGGACAUAUUAAAUGGUCUACUUGAAAAAAAAAUCAUAAAAUGUACUUUAUCACUGCCAGUUACAUUUGGUUAGUACAAACUAUGUUUGAAACCUGUAUAUUUAAUUUGUGCAAAUGUAUACAGUGUAUUUGAAGGGAAAACAAAUUAUAAGUCUUCAUGUUGUGAAAAUAGUGAAUAUAUCUCUAUGUGUAUGAAGAUAUUAUUGAAUAACAAAAUGAUUAGUGUACACCAUCCAUGCAUUUGCUGUACCACUAAUGUAGUAUACCAUGUAUAACAUCCUCAUUGAUGUGCAGUAUAAAUGAGAGUUCACCUCAGAUUCAUUAAUAAAACUUAAAAAAUGGAUGCAAGAAUGAA